CAGAAACUGAGUCAGAGGAUUCUCACACUGCAGAGAACUCACGACUGGAGGGUUUACGCUACAUACAGGCUUUGUUUUAGUCUGGAUUUCCUCCUACAGUGAGGAUUCAGGAUCUGUUCGGGACUUUUUUAUUACACUAACUUUGUCUCCACGAAGAAAACUGAGAGGAAUCCCGAUUUUUCACCGUUUUGGAAAUACCCCCCCCCCCUUUUAUCAUGAAUUGAAGACUCCGGAGCUGUAUUUACUUUAUCCUGACUUUUCCACUCGGAGUUUACACCUUGGUAUUUACAGAAGUGUUGCGGAUUAUUUUAUACUUUUUCCUUCAGAAUGAGGUGGACGAAGCUGCUCAGGAUGGUCCUGUUUGCAGUGAUGUGUCUCCAAAGUGCUGCUGCUCUUCCUGCUGCAGACUGUGAGGGAGUUGAAUGCAACAGAAGCGAGCUCUCCUCCUCUUCAUCACCCACUCCUUCUUCUUCUUCUGUGGUGGUGAAGGCCCAGCAACCCUCCCAGGACUUCCUGGGUCAGUUUGCCCAGAUGAACUCACAAAACAGUGGUGACCGCAAACACCGGGACGCCAGCGCUGUGCUGCCCUUCAUUGGCCUCACUGGAAGUUCUGAGCAGAGUCGGAGUUGCUGUAAGAAUGGAGGAACCUGCAUCCUCGGCAGCUUCUGUGCCUGUCCUCCACACUUUACAGGAAGGAGCUGCGAGUACGACCAGCGGCUCAGGAACUGUGGUCAGGUUCCUCACGGAGAGUGGGUUCAGAAAGGAUGCUCGUACUGCCGCUGUGGUUACGGCGUCCUGCACUGCUUCCCUAAUGUCUUCCAUAAAAACUGUGACGACUCUGAGGAGGUGCGCUGGUAUCAAUCAUCAGCUGUGAGGACUCAGACCAGCUGCUUCCUUUAUCUAACGCUGCUUCUUCCUCUUCUCCUCCUCUGAUGGUUUAUUGUUUUUAUUGACUAGCACAAAAACUGGGGACUAAGCAAUAUUUCACAAGAUGCUACUUCAGAAGCACAGACCCCUCUCCAAACAGAGGAACAUAUUUAUUCUAUUUAGUCAGAACGCUGCCAGCCAGGAGAGAGACUUUGACUCCCUGGAGUGGGAAAGUUAAUGGCUUAAAAUCCACACAUUUUUGGGAUUUUAAACUCUGCAGACUGACUCUCUCUCUCUCUCCACUCCCAGUUUCAGAGCUGAAAGCACCACAAGGUCCAAACAUAGACAUAAUAAACCCGGGUGUUUAUGUUUUCCAGCUCGGCUCGCCCACACUCUUUGUGUCUCUACCUCCUCGACUUUAUCCUUCCAGUGGAAGGCCGUCUGCGUCUCAUUAAAAUCCAAUUUUAUGUGAAGGAAACUGUACAUAAGAUUUCUAUAAAGUAUGUUUUUUGCUGUCUUUGAAUCUGUCCUUGGAUUUUUCUUUGUAAAAGAAGAUGCAGGAUUUUUUUCCUUUUGCACAAACUUUGAGCUGCUGUGACGUUUUGUCCAUUAAAUUCAAACA